GCGAGGGCGCGCGGCGCGGAGGGGGGGCCUCGGUUUCCCCCCCUCAGAGGUCAGUUCGCUGCUAGUCCUCGCGCGGCGGAAAACUUCGGCGGGCGUCGUCUCUGUUGCCGCCUUUGCCUUCGUCUCUGCAGCAUGGCUUUCGUAACCCGGCAGUUCGUGCGCUCUGUGUCCUCCUCAUCCACUGCCUCAGCCUCGGCGAAGAAAAUCAUCAUCAAGCACGUGACGGUUAUCGGAGGUGGGCUAAUGGGCGCCGGCAUCGCCCAGGUUGCUGCAGCAACUGGCCACACGGUAAUGUUGGUGGACCAGACAGAGGACAUACUAGCAAAAUCUAGAAAGGGGAUUGAGGAAAGCCUUAGGAAAGUGGCCAAGAAGAAGUUUGCAGAAAACCCCAAGGCGGGUGAUGAAUUUGUGGAGAAGACCCUGAACAGCAUAUCAACUAGCACGGAUGCAGCAUCUGUGGUCCACAGCACAGACCUGGUGGUGGAGGCCAUCGUGGAAAACCUGAAGGUGAAGAACGAGCUCUUCAAGAGGCUGGACAAGUUUGCCUCUGAACACACAAUCUUUGCCAGCAACACUUCCUCUCUGCACAUCACAGACAUAGCCAAUGCCACCACAAGACAGGACCGAUUCGCCGGGCUCCAUUUCUUCAACCCAGUGCCCAUGAUGAAGCUUGUGGAGGUCAUAAAGACACCAAUGACCAGCCAGAAGACAGUUGAGUCUCUGAUAGACUUCAGCAAAGCCCUGGGAAAGCAUCCUGUUUCGUGUAAGGACACUCCUGGGUUCAUUGUGAACCGUCUCCUGGUGCCAUACCUCAUGGAAGCGAUCAGGCUGCAUGAACGAGGUGAUGCAUCCAAGGAAGACAUCGACACCGCGAUGAAGCUGGGGGCUGGGUACCCUAUGGGCCCGUUUGAGCUUCUCGAUUAUGUAGGCCUGGAUACUACAAAGUUCAUCAUUGACGGGUGGCAUGAAAUGGAUGCAAAGAACCCCUUGUUUCAGCCCAGCCCGUCCUUGAAUAAGCUGGUAGCUGAGAACAAGCUUGGCAAGAAGACCGGAGAAGGGUAUUACAAAUACAAGUGAGGCACAGCUUCUCUGGCUCCGGGAAGAACCCCCGUAAGCACCUACCAGCGGCUCCCCCAAGUGCCCGUGGGAAUGUUCUUUGUCAGAUGUUCCCUCACACAGCACAGGCUGUUCCGUGUGCAUUUUGAUUGUCCUCUAUCUGGAGUAAUGAUUUACACUAGUUCUAAUAAUAGCAGAUUUCUUCAUUGAGAACUAAUUCCCUUUCUUAGUCUGUUCAUUUCUGUGUAUUUUCUAAAAAGCUUUAUAUCCUGGGUGCCUUGGAGCAAACAUUUCUUUCGAACCUUAUCAUUUUCAUAAAGAAUUGCCUGGAUUCAUUCACUUUGGAAAAGGGACAGCACUUCCUCCCAGUGCGUGCUGUGUUCAUCGCUGCCACAUGGGAGAGGAACGAGCCACUGGACACGUGUGUGCUGUGCCUGUGAAUGCUGUGCUGAGCGGCACCUGCAUCCUGCCUUUAUGAGGACGUGUGCUACCUGCAGCUUCAGGCCUUACCCUACAUUUUGGGCAUAAGAUGUCACGUCUUUAUUCAGCUCAUCCUGUUGGAUUGUGGGAAUAUCUCCAUGUGUUUGUUUGCAGGAAGAGGUUUCAUUCACAUCCAAAGUCUGAAUGAUUCUUGUCUGUCUCUUUUUUUUCCCCAUGAGAAAUCGUCGCUGCAAACUGCCUGUAAAUUGAUUCUAAUAAAACGCAAUCUUUUAAUCGGUGAAAAUUUGAAUUGAAAUAAACGUGUGUAUAAUUUUAAA